UUAUGGACGGGACGUUGGGAGGUUAAGAAUAACAAACGUCUAUUCACAGAGCAUCGUCGUUCAAUACUGUGUAUUUGCUCGUAGAUUUCUAAAGUUUGAUCUCUUCGUUCGUGUAACUCGAAGUCAGUUGCUUCAGUUACGAUUGUUGAGUGCUACCGAUUGUUUAUUGAUUGUUGUGAUCUUUGCAAAAACUCCAAUGGCUCCCACUCCUUAUAUUUUGAGCAAGGACAUACCUGAUAUUGAGAAUCUUUUGAACAUCAAUCCAAAAUUAAAGCCGUAUACCAAUCUCGUGCCUUCGGCAGAAACUAAAAGGAAUAAGCAGCACUGGAAGAGGAACGCUGGUAAACACUGUGACUCGUGUGGACCGUUGAAGAAUAAUUUCGAUGAUAUAAAACCCACGACUCUGAGUGAACGUGGUGCUUUGACCGAAGCGGCGCGCUGUUUAAAAUGUGCAGAUGCGCCUUGUCAAAAAUCCUGCCCGACCCAAUUGGACAUUAAGAGCUUUAUUACCUCGAUUUCGAAUAAAAAUUAUUAUGGAGCAGCAAAGGCAAUUCUUUCGGACAAUCCGUUGGGUCUCACGUGUGGCAUGGUUUGUCCCACGAGUGAUCUGUGCGUUGGGGGAUGUAAUCUUGCUGCUGUUGAAGAAGGACCUAUUAACAUUGGAGGAUUACAGCAAUUCGCCACGAACAUUUUCAAGCAGAUGAGAAUACCUCAGACAAGAAUUUUUGGACAAACCGUACCUCAUGCGGAUACGAAAAUUGCUUUAAUUGGGUGUGGACCAGCUUCUUUAUCUUGUGCUACAUUUUUGGCACGUCUUGGCUACGAUGAUAUCACGAUUUUCGAAAAGGAAAACUAUUUUGGUGGUUUAAGCUCUUCAGAAAUUCCUCAGUAUCGUCUUCCGUAUGACGUAGUCAAUUUUGAAGUUGAUCUUGUAAAAGAUUUAGGGGUGCAGAUUGAAUUUGGUAGAGGAUUAUCUACUAGGGAUUUGACUGUUCAGGGACUUAAGGACCUUGGAUACAAAGUUGUCUUCCUUGGAAUUGGCCUUCCAGAACCUAAGUUGAUCCCUAUCUUCAAAUCCUUAACCCAAGAAAUGGGCUUCUUUACAUCAAAAUUUUUUCUACCAGCUGUUUCAAAAGGUAGUAAACCAGAAAUGUGCCCUUGCAAAAGUGCAGCUCUACCCAAUCUUUACGGUACCGUAAUCGUCCUGGGUGCUGGGGAUACAGCCUUUGAUUGCGCCACUUCAGCAUUAAGAUGCGGUGCUAAAAAAGUUUUUGUUGUUUUUCGAAAAGGAUUCACUAAUAUUCGAGCAGUUCCCGAAGAGAUGGAAUUGGCACGGGAUGAAAAAUGCGAGUUUGUUCCAUUCCAAUCUCCAAAAAAAGUCAUUGUUCGAAACAAUAAGAUUGUGGCUAUCGAGUUUUAUCGUACCGAACAGAAUGAAGAUGGCGAAUGGAUCGAGGAUGAAGACCAAGUUGUGAGACUAAAGGCUGAUUUUAUUAUUUCAGCUUUUGGAUCUGGUCUAUACGAUUCUGAAGUUAAAACCGCAAUGGCUCCAGUUAAAUUGAACAAAUGGGGUCUACCGGAAGUUGACGUGAAUACAAUGAAGACAUCAGAACCAGGAGUAUUUUGCGGUGGCGAUUUAGCUGGAGUUGCGCAAACAACUGUUGAAUCAGUGAAUGAUGGGAAAACGGCUGCUUGGUAUAUUCAUAAAUACAUACAGGAAUCUCUCGGCUUGUCGGUACCCAAUGAGCCGUGUCUACCAAAAUUCCACAGUCCUAUCGACGAUGUUGAUUUAAGUAUCGAAGUCUGUGGACUCAAAUUUGAAAAUCCUUUUGGCCUUGCUUCUGCACCCCCCUGUACCACCAGUGCAAUGAUCCGAAGAGCUUUCGAAACAGGCUGGGGCUUUGCUGUAACAAAAACAUUUUCUUUGGACAAGGAUCUAGUAACGAAUGUUUCUCCACGUAUAGUGAAAGGCACCACGUCACGGCAUCAUUACGGCCCUGAACAGGGCAGUUUUCUUAAUAUUGAAUUAAUAUCCGAAAAAACUGCAGCAUACUGGUGCAAGAGCGUAACUGAAUUGAAGAAGGACUUUCCCACAAAGAUAAUCAUUGCGAGUAUCAUGUGCACUUAUAAUGCAGCCGACUGGACCGAAUUGGCACAGAUGGCAGCAUCGGCCGGUGCUGACGCACUUGAAUUGAACCUAUCCUGUCCUCACGGAAUGGGAGAGUCUGGGAUGGGAUUAGCAUGUGGUCAAGAUCCGGAAUUGGUGAGGAACAUUUCAAGAUGGGUACGAGCAGCUGUGAAUAUUCCAUUUUUUGUAAAAUUGACACCAAACAUUACUGAUAUCGUUUCCAUAGCAAAGGCAGCUUAUGAAGGUCAGGCCGAUGGCGUGUCGGCAAUUAACACUGUGCAAGGUUUAAUGGGACUGCAUGCCGAUGGAACACCAUGGCCAGCAGUUGGCACCGCCAAGGCAACGACUUAUGGUGGAAUGUCGGGAAAUGCUACAAGACCGCAGGCACUUAGAGCCAUUUCCUCGAUAGCCAAUAAAAUACCAGGUUUUCCAAUUCUUGGUAUUGGCGGCAUUGACUCUGCAGAUGUCACAUUACAAUUUUUGCAAUGCGGUGCAUCCGUCGUGCAGGUUGGAAGUGCAAUACAAAAUCAAGAUUUUACUCUGAUAGAGGAUUACACGACCGGCUUGAAAACUUUAUUAUACCUAAAGAGCUUGGGCCAGGUUAAAGACUGGGAUGGUCAGAGUCCGCCAACUUUCAAACAUCAAAAAGGAAAACCAAUAGUCAACCUUCAACAUGCUCUGGGAAAGAACGUACCUUACUUCGGGGAGUAUCAAAAACUUCGUGAAGAAAAAAUAGCUGAACUAAAAGCUCAAACGGAUCUGUUGGCUAUAAAAUCAACAGUCACUAGACCAGCACCCAAGCCCGUUGCUCCGAUUCCUACCUUAUCGGCCGUAAUCGGAAAAGCUCUGCCACACAUACGAUCAUACAAGCAGCUAGAUAACAAGGAACAAGUUGUUGCACUUAUUGACGACGAUAUGUGCAUUAAUUGUGGCAAAUGCUAUAUGGCUUGUGCCGAUUCUGGGUAUCAAGCGAUUACUUUUAAUGCCGAGACACACAUACCGGAAGUGACUAGCGACUGUACUGGAUGCACACUUUGUUUAUCAGUUUGUCCCAUUAUUGAUUGUAUAACAAUGAUUCCAAAAACGAUACCACAUGUCAUUAAAAGAGGAGUUCCGCCGAAGGGAUUGAAUAAUUUACCAGCAGAUUUACAAUGAGAUGAAAUAACUUUAAUUGUAAUAACUUUUAUUGGAGUCGAAGCUCUAAUUACAAUAAAUAAAUUCAUUUUAUCAAAGAA